AUGGAUUUGAAAACCGAGCAACGCAUUGCCAUUUACCGCGGAGCCGACCUUCCGAGCCAGUAUACAUGGAGUCCAUUUGUCUCCAAAUUGGAGCUUCGCUGCCGCCUAUCUGGUCUCAAGUACAUAUGCGAGAUUGGAUUUCCCCCAUCUGGACCGAAGGGUAAGGUCCCAUAUGUGGAGAUCACUCUGCCUGGGCAGUCUUCGGUGUGGCUUUCAGACUCGACCCUGAUCGCGAAGGAUUUUGUCGACAAAGGCUUGCUGCGUAACUUGAACGCCAACUUGAACGCGGUUGAGAAGGGAUAUGAUCUCGCAGUCCGCGCACUGUUAGAAGACAAGCUCUCUUUCUACGACACACAUGAGCGAUGGGUCAAAAACUACUACGUCAUGCGAGACCAUGCUAUGAGCAAGCUGCCAUACCCUGCAAAGGUCCUCGCUGGCAAUUUGGCUUAUCGAGGAAUCAUUCAACGACUCUACGAGCAAGGAACAGGUCGCUUUAGUGAUGCAGACAUAACUGCAUUUACCGAAGAGGUCUGGCAAGCUAUCAACGGGCUGCUGGAAGCAAGCUCCGAGAAGUCACAAGAGAAGGCUGAAUGUUUCUGGGUGUUGGGUGGAGAACAGCCAUCUGAAGCCGAUACUUCAGUUUUUGGCUUCGUUGUGGCCAACCUUGUCAGCGAUUCUGCGCCAUGGAGCAGGAAUCUGCUCAAAGAGGAGUUCCCUAUCAUAGUGGAGUACGCCAGGAGGAUCCACACGAGCUACUUUCCUGAUUACCAGAUAUGGAACUAG